AUGCCUGGCUUUUCGGAUUCUUUCUGGACCCCGGACUAUGCGACCGGUCUCGGGGUUCUGUAUGGGAAGUUGCAGCAGGGUGUGGUGGAAAACAAGCAGAUUCUAACUAUUGCGUCCAUGAGGGCUGAUGCGGAGGAGCAAUAUGGCCUCCGCAUGGGUGACAUUGCGCCUAGUGUGGAUCGCUUGACAGGUGCGGGAUUCAACAAGGAUGACGGAGCAAGUGUGCGAAAGGCAUAUGAAGGUGUCCGCACUGAGAUGAUCGAAGCCUCCAGGAAUCACCAAAAGAUCGCCAAUAACAUCCGAGAACUCGUCGUGGCGCCUUUCCGACGCUGGAGCGACCAGCAUGAAUACCGUGUCGGGGCAUCCCACGAUAACCUUCAGGCUCGGAUCAAGGAACACACCAAGCAGGUAGAAUUGGCGAAGAAACUGCGCAGCACCUAUUUCAACAAGUGCCGUGUGUUGGAGGACUUGGAGGAGGAGAACAAGCUUGCUUUCCAGGACCCCGAUACGAGUCCUAAGCUCAAACCCAUGCCGAAGAUUGUUCUUCCCACUGAGGAAGAGCCCGAAGAGGAGCCCGUUGAGUUGGGAGACCGUACUUUCUCACCGGAAGAGAUCAAGAAGAUUCUCUUGCACAUGCUGAACAACAUCCGAAUUGGCGAGGCGAAGGUGCCUAUCAUCGGUACCUAUCAAAACACAUCAACCGGCGCAGACAUUGUCGAGUAUGUUCAGACCUACAUGGAAGCCACCAACCUCGCUCAGGCAGAACGAAUCGGUCAGGAUCUCGUGGAUGGCGGUUUCCUCCGGUUGAUUGGCAACAUGGGCAGUGUCUUUGCCAACAGCUCCAAGAUGAACUACCAAUGGCGCAGCAAGGUAUUCCAGCUUACCGGAAUUCCUGAAAAGAAGAGGCCUUUGAUGCGUGUUACCUCGGUCGCUUCGAGCGAAGAUGGAAGCGUCGCCGAGUCUCCUAUCAACUCGGUUUCGGAAAUUCUGGCUGGCUGGAACCCUCUUAACAACCCUUACCCUAAUGAGACUCCUUCGGAAAAGCUGCGGAGAGAGGCCAUGGAAGCUGACGAGCGCUACAAGAAUGCCGUGCGAAGACUUGACCAAAUUCGGUGCCGCUUGGAGGAAGAUGUUAUCGAGAACCUGCGCUUCAUGGAACAGUGCGAGCUGGACCGCCUCAAGGCCAUCAAAGCUGUAGUGCUCGACUUCUCCGGGGCGAUCAGUAACGUCAUUCCCAAUCUCCAGAGCACCGUGGACCACAUGAUGCUCUACCAGGAGACUAUCCAGCCUCUGGGAGAUCUGAGAUACCUCCUUGAGAACUACCGCACCGGGGGCUUUGUUCCCAAAGUGCAGGCAUACGAAAACUACUAUGGCUCCGUUGAGGAGCAAAACUUUGGCGUCGACCUUGAAGCCAGGGCUCGAGUUGACCGCAAACGUGUCCCCAUCUUGGUGACAACUCUUUUGACUUACCUGGAUAAUCGCUACCCCGAACUCGAGGGUGACGAGGCCCGACGUGCCAUUUGGCUUCAUAAUCCUCCGCUUUCCAUUACGCACCAGCUGCGUAACAUUCUGAACAACAGCAAAGUGGAUUAUCGCGAAGUCCUGCCCAAAUUUGAGAUACCCAUUGUUGCUAGCGUUUUGAAAUUGUACCUUCUUGAGUUGCCAGACUCCCUUGUUUCUUCGCAAGUCUACGAAAUCGUCAAGACUAUAUAUUCGACCACCGCUCACGAGACCACGGAAGAGGGACGGAUCAAGGUCCUGCAGAGCACGCUUGGACAACUCCGUCUCGUCAACAUUGCCACGCUUGAUGCCAUCAUGACCCACUUUACACGCCUGGUUGAUUUGACCUCGGCUGACGAACAAUACAUUGCCUCGUUGGCUCAGAUUCUAUCGCCCUGUGUUCUCCGACCUCGCACUGAGAGCAGCCUGACCAUGGACGAGCGCCACAGCUACCGCCUGAUCCGUGAUUUGUUCGCGCACAAAGACUCCAUCUUCGGUGAACUAAAGCGCCAAUCCAGUGCACUGGGCGUCUCCGCCUCCAGCCGCCCACGAGCCAUUAGCACAGACGAGAGCAACCGCCGUGCCGCCAUGGAAGCCCGCCAGCGUGCCAUCGUCAACCGCAGUCGUGCUACCAGCCCUUCAGGUCGUCGCGCGCACCGUCGUGACCGCUCCAGUGGCGCUUCAGAGAUUGGCCGGUUCCCUAUCAACGUGUCAAGCCCAGCUGAGCGCCGCACAACCCGUGGUACCAGCCUGGACGUGCCCAUUAACGGCUCUCCCACGGCCGGUGAGCACCCUACCGUAAACACCGCCGUAGCCAAUGAUUCUAUUUCAAACGGCACUCCCGUCGAGUCUCCAGCCUCUGUGCCCGACAACGCCAGUGCCAGCGGCUCCGACGGCUCCGUCAGCCCGCCACCUCCCGGCGAGACGGUUUCUGACGGCUCGCCGACCCCAACCCCAACACCCGCGGCAAUCUCCAGCGAAUUUGAAAAGCGCGCCUCGAUCCCCCGCUCAGUAGGCGGUCGAUACACCCGCAAACCAGGCCUCGGCAGCCUCUCCAGCUUCCCCACUUCAGCCGGCUCCGGCACAGAAAGCCAGCGAAGCAGCAUCGCCGAAAGCGAGCCCAAGGGCGUAACCCUGGAAGACAAGCCGAUGGAUGACUAA